AAUGAUGUAUAUCACUCCUAACUAAGAUUAAUUCAUAUAUUUAUUAGAUACUAAAGAAAAAAAUAAUAUGAAUUCUAUGGUUUUAGGAUUAAGAAACAAAGAAGAAUAUGUUUAAAAUAUACUACAAUAAAGGCCUAAAUGGAACUUAAAGCUCGAAUUACUAUUUAAAUAAUUUAUACAUAAUUUAUAUACUUAAGUCGAGAUAUUUGACUGA